GCGGGUGAUGGAAAAACAGUGCGCACCAGGGAUUGAUCACCACAUUGGAAGAAUUAAUCCGAAGCAGCGAUGAAGGGAAGGAUUCCAUUGGGAGAGGGAGGUUGAGACAGAUCAGCUAGAGAGAGAGGGGACAAAGGAGGCGGAGGCAGAGAAUAGGCGGGGAGUUGAAAGUCACCAAGAACGUUAGCUCCGACUCACUGUAACCGUUUGCACCCGUAUCAAUGCGGUGAUCGAAGGCGGGGGUGAUGGAGAAACAGUGCGCACCAGGGAUUGAUCACCACAUUGUGACAUUGGAAAGUCUGAAGCAGCGGCAAAGGGAAGGAUUCCAUUGGGAGAGGGAGGUUGAGAACUUGAGACAGAUCAGCUGGAGGGAGAGGGAACAAAGGAGGCGGAGGCAGAGAAUAGGCGGGGAGUUGAAAGUCACCAAGAAAGUUAGCUCUGGCUCGCUGUAACCGUUUGCGCCCGUAUCAAUGCGGUGAUCGAAGGCGGGUGAUGGAGAAACAGUGCGCACCAGGGAUUGAUCACCACAUUGGAAAAUCCGAAGCAGCGACGAAGGGAAGGAUUUCAUUGGGAGAGGGAGGUUGAGACGGAUCAGCUGGAGGGAAAGGGAACAAAGGAGACAAAGGUAGAAAAGAAGCGGGAAGUUAAAAAUUUCGUCGGACUUUUCAAAAUUUGGCAAUCCGUGAAGAGAAGAGCCUGCGGGAAGGAAGCGAAGGAAGAAUGAGGAGGAAAGGAGAGUAUAUAAGACAGAGGCGAACGGAAGAAAAGAGGACAGAGGGGCACAGGCGUACGGAUUUGCGCACUCGGGUGAACGGAGUUGCGACUUGUGCACUCAGGCGUACGAAAUUGCGGGUGCGCACUCGGAUGCACGAAAUCGAUCCGGGGCUCGCGGUCGCACCCGCUACGGAACAGGCUCCCGAGAGGACGGGAGAGGGGGAAGUUGGUCGAGUGAGGGAUAGAAUGGGGAAGCGCUUUGGGAGUAUCACGAAGCGUUCGACGGAAGCAGGGGGAAUAGCAAACUCGUCUGUCGAUCUCGUCAAUGAGAAAGUGGCGAACAUCCCCCGAAUCAGGGAAGAGGGCCUACAUGAGGAUAGAACGAUCGAACAUGCAUCUCUUGACUUGGAGCACGUUUUCAUCCGACUUUGGGGAGCACAGUCCGAAUAUCACAAAAAACGUGCCUGUAGCAUCGGCUUGGAGAAGAAGGAGGUAGUCAUGUCUGAUGAUGAGGAGGAUGAGGAGAUGACGGAGGUGGAGAGGGUCUUUUUGAGGAAACAGAAGGAGGAGAGAAUGUUAGCAAGGGCGGCGCUCAAGAAGUCGGAGAAAAAGGUAGAGGUGUCGAAGUUCACUAGGAAUGCAUUCCUGCCACUCGCGUCGUCCAGAUGGGUGGAGUCGAUGAGUCUCGCUUUUCAGAAUCGCCUUUGGUCUUUAGAUACCUUUAACCACUGUGCGCCUUUCGGUGUCUCGGGCUUCCGCUUCAUGGCCAAGGCUAUGGAAGCGGAACUGCAGUACUGUCUUAAGAGAGCGUUAGACGAUGUCCUAGAGUUACCCAACGCGAAGUUGCCUUUUAAAGGCGACGGGGUCAAUUUUCCCCCGAUGCACGAGAUCGACCCAACCAAGUGCCGACAUCCAGAACCGUUCAUCGCGAUGAAGAGCAAUGCCCCUCCCAGGAAUUCGAAUGCGUUGAACGAACUCAAAAAGGUUUGGAAUUAUGGUCGCUUGUACUUUAAAUGCAAAUGCGCGUCAAUCUCGGGCACGGACUGCGGAGCCGGCCCUGCAUGGUUCAAUCAUUUUUUAUGGUACGUUUUUGCUAACGGGGAUGUGUUUUUCCCUACUGGUCCCACGCUCAGAGCGAGGGUUAGGAAUAUGCUUGACCACCUCGCUGAUAGCUGGAGACCCUUGAUCCGCGCGUCUAUCACUGUCCUGCAUAUGCGGGAUAUCAUGAUGACCCUGGCCACAACCAUUAUCGAGGAUCCCUCGAAAAGUCCUGCCGCAAUUCUGCAAGGACAAAAAUGGGCAAACAGGAAGUUCCCCAAGACCUGUGCGAAGAUGCUCCUCCCAUCGAAGUAUGUGGAGAAGAGGAAGGAGGUUGGAUCUUCCAACCCGAGGCCGGGCAAGAAGCAGAAAACGAUUGCAGAGGCCCUGGCCCCAACUGUUAAGCCCUGUGAGGAGGUUUCCACGGUCGAUCCCUCCACCCCCCCUGUCGCCACUUCUCCCUCCUCCUCAUCCCCCCCUAACUCUACUCUCACUACUGUUGGCGCCACUGGGAUGAGGGUUUCGCUUCCGCCUUUGGUCAUCAAGUCUCCAACGAGGAGGAGCCCCAGGCUUGCUUUGGUCUCCAAGUUCAAGGAUGCAUAAGCACUCAUCAGGUACCUUGUUUAUUGUUUAUUGUUUAUUUUUUGUGCAGAAUACAGGGGGAUCCCUGGUCCCGGGACCUUCGGGCAGAAUGAGAUGGAGGUCGAAUGAGAGCUCUCAUGCGAAGGAAACUUACUUCCAUAUCCGUUAUGUAAACAAGGUCAUGGAGAGGGUUAAUCUCAGGCUGGUUAUGGAAUC